GUAAUUAUACGAAAAAAAAUUCUAGACAGCAAUAUGACAGCAAAACAUUAGAAGAAGCUGUUGAUCUUGUAAGAAAUGGGCUACUCGAUGCGGUAGCUGCUAGUAAAAGAUUUGGAAUACCUGCUUCUACGAUUCGGAAACAUAAAUUGUACAAUUGUUCCGUUGGUGCUGGACGAGAAACAGCGUUAACGCAUGAACAAGAAGAUACCAUAGUCAAAAUUCUAGUAGCUUAUGACGAAUGGGGCUAUGCAAGAUCACGUCGUGAAACAUUGGAUUUAGUAAAAAACUUUGUACAAGAAAUGGGUUUAUCAAAAAAGUUCACCCACGGUAGUCCCGGCGUUGAAUGGCUAAGAUUAUUACGUUUAACUGCUGCUAAAAACAGGGAAUCAAGUGGUUGA